UGAGCUAAGCUAAAAAUUGUGUCUACAACCUCUCUCUCCAUCUCUCUCUCGAUUUUAUAUACUUGUUCCCUACCUUUUCAACGCACAUCACCGUCUCCAGCCUCGUGGCGCUCGUGUUGAAGUUUCUUUUGACUCACCUUGGUCGCCUCCUCCGUUGAGCUUCACUGAAAUACUAUAACUCUUCCCGCCAAAGGUAGAUCAGAAUUAUACCCCUCCAUAUCAAAAUUUCAACUUUAGGAGAAGUUCAACAGCUCACAUAUUCACAAUGCCUUCAGCCGUAAAGAUGGUCACUAUCGCUGCCGAUGACACCAGAGUCCUCGGACAGGAUCCUCUGAUCCCUCCCGCUCUUCUCACCUCCGAGAUUCCUCUUCCCGAGAAGGCCACAAACACCGUUGUCAAGGGCCGUCAAGAUGCUGCCGACAUUGUCCUUGGCCAGAGCGACAGACUCCUCGUCGUUGUCGGUCCCUGCUCCAUUCACGACCCUGCCGCUGCCCAGGAAUACGCUUCCAGACUCAAGGAGCUCUCUGACAAGCUCUCCGACGAUCUCUGCAUCGUGAUGCGCGCCUACCUCGAGAAGCCCCGAACAACCGUUGGCUGGAAGGGUCUCAUUAACGACCCCGAUAUCGACAACUCUUUCAAGAUUAACAAGGGUCUCCGCGUUUCUCGUCAGCUGUUCGUUGACUUGACCAGCAAGGGUCUGCCUAUUGCUACCGAGAUGCUCGAUACCAUUUCUCCUCAGUUCCUUGCCGACUGUAUCUCCGUUGGUGCGAUUGGCGCCCGUACUACCGAGUCCCAGCUUCACCGUGAGCUUGCUUCCGGUCUGUCUUUCCCUGUUGGCUUCAAGAACGGCACAGACGGUAGUCUUGGUGUUGCUAUUGACGCUAUUGGUGCUGCUGCUGCUCAGCACCACUUCAUGGGUGUCACAAAGCAGGGCCUUGCUGCUAUUACCCGCACCAAGGGUAACGAGCACUGCUUCGUUAUUCUCCGUGGUGGAACCAAGGGCACAAACUUCGAUAAGGAGAGCGUCCAGGCUGCUAAGAAGGUCCUUCAGGACAAGAAGCAGAAGGAGGCUAUCAUGAUCGAUUGCUCCCACGGCAACUCUUCCAAGAACCACAAGAACCAGCCCAAGGUUGCCAAGGUUGUUGGUGAACAACUUCGUGAGGGUGAGAAGGCCAUCAUUGGUGUUAUGAUCGAGUCCAACAUUGGCGAGGGUAACCAGAAGGUUCCCGCUGAGGGUCCUGCUGCUCUCCAGCGUGGUGUUAGCAUCACUGAUGCUUGCAUCAACUGGGAGGACACAGCCGUUGUGCUCGAGGACUUGGCUGAUGCUGUCCGCACUCGCCGCAAGGUCAACCACUCUUAGAAGGUUGCACCUGUGGAAUAGAAGGAGUCGAAUACGAGGAUUUAGUUCAAAAAUGUUGUGUUGUUUUGGGAGUUAAUGAAUAGACCUAGGUAGAAAGGUCAGGUGAUGGAAAAGUCGGCGCAUAUAGGUUGCAUGGAAAUUGGCACA